UGUCAUCCCAAAGUCCUUACAAGUACCCAUCAUUUCUCACACCGCCUCCACUUCCUAAACUUCCCCCAAACCAAAAACUCUUUCUUUCUCUCUCUCAUAUAUUGCCACUCUUUUUUCUCUCACACCAUACAUUGAGAAAAUUAACAACCAAAGCGUUACUACUGAAAAAAGUAUAUCAAACUGGCGAUCGACAACCAAGAAACCGCAGUCCGUGAAAUCAAGCCUAAGAACAGGCGUAUCAUGGGACCUGAUGAGGAAGACAAUAGGUGGCCUCCAUGGUUGAAGCCAUUGCUAAGGGAACGAUUCUUUGUUCAAUGCAAAUUACAUGCUGAUUCUCAUAAGAGUGAAUGUAAUAUGUACUGCCUUGACUGUAUCGAUGCCCCUCUUUGCUCUCUCUGUUUAGCUCAUCACAAAGACCAUCGUGUCAUUCAGAUAAGGAGGUCAUCAUACCAUGAUGUGAUAAGGGUGAAUGAGAUUCAGAAGUAUUUAGACAUUUCAUCAGUCCAAACAUACAUUAUCAACAGUGCCAAAGUUGUGUUCUUGAAUGAAAGGCCACAGCCUAGGCCAGGCAAAGGGGUGACAAAUACCUGUGAAGUUUGUGAAAGGAGUCUUCUUGACUCAUUCAAAUUCUGCUCUCUUGGUUGCAAGAUUGUUGGGACAUCAAAUAAUUUCGUGAAGAAGCCGAGGAAUUUGUCCAAGAAGAAGAGGUCACGGUCAUUGGAAUCUGAAGACUCUUACAGUAGUAGCAGCAGCCAUGGUCAACGUAACAAGAUUCAAAGUUUCACUCCGUCAACGCCCCCUCCAACUUCUGCUAAUUACAAAACGGCCAAGCGUAGAAAGGGAAUUCCUCAUCGAGCCCCAACCGGAGGACUAUUCCUAGAAUAUUAGCAUU